AUGCCCAAGCAAGCCGCGAGCAACCACCGCGGAACUCAGCUGACCAUCGACGGCGAAGCCCACACACUCGGCGUGGACCUGUUCACCGCCGCCCGAGCCUACCUUCGCUUUUCUGCCUUCCCGCGCUACGCCAAGUUCCUGAGGCUGGCGGCGCUCUACCCUGAACGCCGUCUGCACGCGCUGCCGGACGUCGAGCUCCUGUGGAAGACCCAUCUCAUUCGCCCCAUCCACUACCGCAAGGAAAUGGAGCUCCUGUUUGGGCGUGUGGUGGACCACGCGGAGCUGAGCGCCGCCGCUGAGACAGCAGCGGCCUUGUCCCCCUCGGUCUUGGCCGAGACCGAGCGCUUGUGGGAGCUCCACUAUGCCGAGCCCUACGCUCUCGAUCGUACCGAAGAGGCCGCUUCGCCGGCCGAUGGCGGCGCCGAUUCGGCGGAAGUGCUGACGCGGCUGCCCGGUGGAGGCGAGGCUCCGUCGUGGGAGGCCGUGGCGGCGGGCAUCUCCGUGAAGCCCGACGAGGUGGAGAAGGACGCCCGGUGGCUGCCCUUCCUCCGCACCUUCGUCGCCAAAGAUAAGACGGAGGAGCUGUGCAAUGAUGAGUGCACGCUGAAGCGAUGCGUGGAGGGCUACGCCCGCUUCAUCGCCGAUUGCAAGCAGGCCUUCAGGAAUGGCCAGCCGCUGCAUCAGACGGACAGAGGAGAGGAGGGACCCACCUACGACAUCGACUUUAUGUGGCAUGCUCACAUGAUGCACCCGGUGGCGUACCGACGCGACUGCCAGGCCCUGGGCGUCAACCUCGACCACUUGCCGUGGCCCCACCACCACUAG